AUGGUGUCAUCACUGAAGCUUCUUCUUCUGACUGCCGUAUUAGCCACGGGAGACAAACUCAACUUGAAUCUUUCCCAUGUUGACGAGGGAUUCCACGUCAUAGCGAAACCUGAGGCAUCUUCCAAUGUUGUGAUCUAUGGCAUCAUGAUACGGACAGGGUUUCCAAAUCUUAAUUCCAACGGGGAUCGAUUGUUUCGCAUCCUUUCUGAUAGAGGCCAAGACUCCUUUUUGAACUCGUCGUCUCAAGCCUGCCGCUGCUCCUGGCUCCUCGCUGACGUUGAUUGCUCGCAACUGUUGUCUGCUCAGUGCUCUUCUGAACCGCAACUGAACUGCAUGACACAAAUUGGAAGUAGGAUAAGUGAAAGUGGAGGUUCAAAUGACAGCAUACCUAACACCUCAUCUCCCAAUGAGGUUGAAGUUGAUGUUGAUACUUCAAAUAAAAGAAAAAGCAUGGAACCUAGAGCUACUUGUUGGAAGCAUUUUGACAAGUUCACUGAUAAAAGUGGAGCUAAGAAAGCCAAAUGCAAGUAUUGUGAGAAACCUUAUGCAGCUUCUACAUCGACUAAUGGUACGUUGGCAAUGAAUAAUCAUAUGAGAAUAUGUCUUAAAUUUCCUCGUGACACCGUAGAUAAAGGUCAAAAGCUAAUUAAUUUUCUACCAUCUUCAACGGGAGCAAAGGAAGGGGUGAUUAGCACUUGGAAAUUUGACCAAGCACAAAGUAGGAGAGCUUUAGCCAAAAUGAUAAUUGUUGACGAGCUACCAUUUAGUUUUGUUGAGAAAGAGGGUUUUAAAAACUUCAUGAGAGUUACAGUGCCACAAUUUCAUAUUCCUUCUCGUAGAACCGUGACAAGAGAUUGUUAUGAACUAUACCUUGAAGAAAAACAACUUUUGAAGAAGGUUUUCAAAGAAGCACGUCCAAGACUUGAAUGGGGUUUGGAUAAUGUGUUUACUAUUACAGUUGAUAAUGCUAGUUCUAAUGAUGUUAAUGUGAAAGAAAUGUCUAAACAAUUGAGUAAUUGGGGAACUAACAUUAUGGAUGGUGACCAUCUUCAUGUGAGGUGUAUGGCACAUAUCCUUAAUCUUAUUGUGCAAGAUGGGUUGAAGGAAAUUGGUAAGUCUAUCAAGCUAGUGAGACAAGCCAUGAAGUACAUUAAACAAUCUCCCGCAAGACUUAGAAAGUUCAAAGAAUGUUGUGAAUCUCAAUUGAUAGCUUGUAAGAAAUCAUUGUGUUUAGAUGUUCCUACUAGGUGGAACUCUACAUAUUUGAUGCUUGAUGUAGCACAACAUUUUGAGCUUGCAUUUGAAAGAUAUAGUUUUUAUGAUAUUGGAUACUUGAAUCAUCUUCGUACCUUUGGUUCUGUUUCUUCUGAAGAUGAAGAUAGAACUAGUGAUGAAGAUGGAACUAAUGCAAAUAUUCUUACACUUACAAGUGCUGACUGGAAAAAUGUGAGGUCUAUGGUGAAAUUUCUUGAAACUUUUUAUGUACUUACUGUGAAGGUCUCUGGUUCUAAUUAUGUCACUAGCAAUACACAUUUUGUUGAAAUUGCUGAACUUAAUCUUAUUUUGAAAGAGAUGAUGGAAAAUGAAGAUGGUAAUUUGAAAGAAAUGGCAAAAAGUAUGAAUGAAAAGUUCAAAAAGUAUUGGGGUGAACCACAUAAAAUGAACAAGAUGAUCUUUAUUUCAUCCGUGUUGAAUCCCCGUAACAAGCUUGAUUAUGUUCCAUUUGCAAUUGUGGAUAUGUUUGGAAAAGAAGUAGGGGACAAGCUAUGUUCAGAAGUGAAAAAAUACAUGGAAAACUUGUUUGAUUAUUAUGUUAAGAAAUCCUCAAAAAGCUCUUCACAUGUACCAUCUUCACCCACUUCAUCUAACAACUCAUCAAGUAUAUCUAGUGUGAGUGGUUGUGACAACUUUGUAAAUAGAGGAAGAAUGAGAACGAAACAACAAUUUGAGAAGCAUAAAGAAGUUAGUGGAAGUUUAGGUAGUAAGUCAGAAUUGGAAAGAUAUAUUACUGAAGAUAUUGAGCCUGAUAGUGAUGAAUUUGAUAUAAUAAUGUGA